CAGCGGCUCGGCUGGGCCGGCGCGAGUGCGCGCGCGCAGCUCCGUGCGCAGGUUCGAAUCUCCGCCGCUUCGCGGUAGCUUUCCAGUCAAGGUCCGGGCCGCCCCUCAGCGGCAGCGCGGGCCGCUCACGCCGGCCCCGGCCGUCCUGCUGCCCGCCCGGCCCGCGCCACCUGCCCGCGGCCUCCUCAGCCGCCCUUGGCCCAGCCCUCCCCGCGCGGCGUCGCGCCGCUCGGCCUCCCCGCGCCGGGCCCAUGGCCAAGCGGCGUGCGGCCGAGCCGCUGGCCUUCCACGUGCCGUGGAAGCGGCCCUUCUACGACCUGUCGGACCCGGAGGAGGUGCCGCCGCCGCUCUGGCUCCCGUCGCAUCCCGAGUUGUCCCGAAAGCGCAGGAUCGACGCGGGAGCCAUGGCAGACCCUUCGGCCUCUCCCAGCAAGCGCCGCGACAGCGGGGACGGCAGCGGCCCGGGCGACGGCGAGGAGGAGCCUGAGGACCGGAGCCUGGAGCCCGGCGAGCCGUCGCCGCUGCGGCCGGCCCCGGAGGAGGAGCCCUGCCCUGCCCGGCCCCUUCGGGGCGGCGGCGGCGACGACGGGGCGGGCCGCGCUGGGUCCCCUCGCGGAGCCUGGGGAGCCGCGGCGCUCCAGCACAGUGAGGACUUUUGGCAGUAUAAUACCUUCCAGUACUGGAGGACUCCUCUGCCACCUGUGGAGCUGGCAGACAUCGCGGACGCGAGUGAGGCUCGCCUGGUGGAAGCGGCUGGCCAGGACAGGGACGGCGCGGCCGAGGUCGACAUGGAGUCCUGACACGGGAGCGGAACGCAACUGGGGAAUUCAUAUGUUCUUAAGGACAUUUUUUUCCAUGCUCGAUAUGGUAUUUCCGAACUUGAAAAAUGAGAAGUUGUUUUGAAGAUAAAUGCUUGCAGUUACUACUGAGCUUCCCGACGUGGAUUUGUCAGACAACAUGCUGUCUUAUGUGUAUUGUUACAAGAAGAGUUUGUUUGGAUUCUGAAGCUGUUGAUCUUAUAUAAAGAAAUCUGGCAGUUUUAGCAAUAUAUGCAGGAAGCAUUCAAAUAUUGAAUUGUUUUAUAACUUAUUAAUAAAGUACUUUAAUGCAUUUUAUUGACUCUUCUUAGUUGAACAAAAUAGCUGACUCGGACAUCUAUGCAAACAAAGUGGGAGAUUCUUUCAGAAAACUAUUCUAAGAACUUUCUAAUGUAAAGUAGUUAGAAUUUCACUUUGAAUAGCAUAUUUGUAAAAUUCUAUCGGCAAUCAAAAAAAUGGAUACAGAGCAAUGAGAAAUGAACCAGUGUCUGGCCCACCUGCCUUGAUCCAUGUAAUAGGAAA